AUGUCUUCAAUCCUGGGCCGGAACCAGUACACUGCUCGCUAUCCUCGAUGGAUGGUGGGCAAGCCCCUGCUCUACAUGACCUCCGCCCUUGCAUCGCUAGGCGACGCCAUGUUUGGCUAUGGCCAAGGCAUCAUCGCCGCCGUUCAAGUGCAGCCGUCCUUCAUCAAAUGCAUGUUUGGCAAGGACGUCACACUUGAGCAAAUCCAAGCCGGUGACACUGGAGUAGACCCUUGGACUCAAGCCAUCAUGGUGUCUUGUCUCAAUCUGACUGCCCUCCUUUCGUCCUUCGCCGCUGCAUACAUUUGCGACAACCUUGGUCGACGCAUGUCAGUUCGUGUCGGUGCUAUCCUGUACCUCAUCGCCGCCUUCAUCCAAAUCUUCGCCCCCAACCUCGCCGCUCUCAUCGUCGGUCGAUCCAUCCAAGGCGUUGGUGUGGGCAUCCUCUCCAUGACAGUUCCAAUCCUGCAGUGCGAGAUUGCUCCCGGUCACGCCAGAGGCCUUUUCGUCAGUAUCGAAUACAUAUGCCUGAACCUCGGCUAUGCCGUAUCCGCCUGGGUUGGAUAUGCCUUCUUCUUCGCCAUGCCCUCGGAGAUUUCCUGGAGAGGUCCCUACAUCGUUCAAGCUGCUCUUGCGCUCGUCCUGGUCGUGUGGACAUUCUUCCUCCCCGAAACACCUCGUUGGUUGAUUUCGAACGGUUUCAAGGAAGAAGGUCUUGCAACCCUUGCCGAUCUCCACAGUGCCGGAGACAUCACGGACCCCGACGUCCUCCACACCUACAACGAGAUUGUGAACACUCUCGAACUUGAGGCUCACAUGGGACAAGCAUCGUGGGGCCAGCUUUUCACCCAGUACACACGCCGCACCAUCGUCGGCAUCACUUGCCAGAUGUUCGCCCAGAUGAAUGGCAUCAACGCCAUCCUCUACUUCCUUCCCGAGAAUCUGAACCGCGCUGGAUUCAGCAUUUCCAAAUCACUCCUUUACGCCGGAAUCUGUUCCCUUGUGUACUGUUCCGGCACGAUCCCCGCCAUGUUCCUGAUUGACAAGUGGGGCCGUCGCGUUUUCCUCCUCGUCGGCAGUGUUGCCCUCGCCGCUUCCCUUUCGAUUGUCGGUGGUCUCCAGUUUUAUUCGGACGCGCUUCCUGAAGGGUUCAACCGCAUCCCUGCCGCUGACGGUCUUUUCUUCGGUGUCUGUCUUUACCUCUUCUUCUUCGGUGCUACUUGGGGUCCCGGCCCGUGGCUCCUUGGUGCUGAAAUCUUCCCUCUCCGUGCUCGUGCCAAGGGCAUGUCGCUAAGCACCGGUACUAACUGGCUAUUCAACUUCAUCAUUGCCUUCAUCACCCCUCCCCUUUUCGCUAUCCUCGACGCGGGUUACUACUUCCUCCUCGUCGGUUUCUGCCUCAUCUCCCUGGUCUUCGUCUACUUCGUCUACCCGGAGACCGCUCACCGGACGCUUGAAGAGCUCGGCGAGGUGUUCAGGGACUCUGUCAUCGAUGAGGAGAAAGACAUCUUCCAGAUUGUCAAUGUCGAGGUCGCCACCAUUCGCGAGGAACCUUUGGCAAUUAAGUCGGAGCAGGAUAUCUCCCUCACGAGUUCCGAUACUACGCUCCAGAUCAGCAACCAGCCCAAGUCCGACACUUCCACCCCUCAACACACUGAGGAAUAA